AUAAACCAGUUUGUCAUGCCAUGUAAAGUUCCACCUUCCUCGUGCUAAUUUGCCACUCAGUCACCACAUUUUGGCGACGAGGAUCCGAGUGAUCAAAGCCCAGACAGUCAACGAUUCAUUGAAUUAAAGGGUGAGUCACAAUUCCCUUUAAAAUACGAGUAAAAUAGCCGAGGAAAUCGUCGGAAAAGCAGACACAAUCUAACGUCAGUAUACCGUACGUAACUGAUAAAGGUGGAUACCGUUACAUGAAAGCCAUAUACGAAGCUAUACAGGCAGUACAAUAAGCCCACUUAUACAUCGUUGCUGUAAACCAUGGCACUUCUACCUACCUUCCCGAAAUUUGACAUACAUCAGGACGCUAAUGCUGGUCCAAGGUGGAAGAAAUGGCUGCAAAGAUUUGAGAGAUUACUCAUAGCCAUGGAUGUGAAAGAUGAUGCCAGAAAAAGAGCCUUAUUGCUACACUAUGCUGGUACAGAUGUGGAUGAGGUCUUUGAGACAUUCGAAAAUGUUGGUGAUACUUACCAAGCAGCAGCUGAUCAGCUCACGAAAUACUUCACUCCAAGACGCAAUGUAGCAUAUGAAGUAUACCAGUUCAGGCAGGCCAAGCAAGGCAAGACUGAGACUCUUGACGCAUUCCAUACCAAACUGCGUCAACUUGCACAAACAUGUGAAUUCUCUGAUGUUGAUAAAGAAAUUUGUGCCCAAAUCAUCCUAAACUGCCAGUCCCAACGCCUAAGAAGACGAGCACUCCGUGAGCCGAUGACGCUAGAAAGCCUACUGUCCAUUGGUCGUGCCCUCGAGACAAGUGAGCGAGAUGCUGAUGUUGUCGAAGCUGGCAGAACAGAAGCUGCAAAUGCCAUUUCUGCCUCUCAAGGAGCAACUGGCAGAAGCAGACGUGACAAAGCAAAUUCUGAGAAAUCCUCAAAACCCCAUCGGCCCAGACAGCGAGACACAUCCAAAAGUCGGAAAAGAUCCCAGUCCCGCCACCGACAAUCGACACGCCCUAGCCGUACUUGCUACUUCUGUGGAGGAGCCUACCCCCAUGCCAGAGUCUGCCCAGCAAAAGGGAAAAAGUGCAGAAACUGCGGAAAAAUCGGACACUUUGAUUCUGUAUGCCGGUCUGCAACUAUCAGCACCAUUGAACAAGAUGAUGACUCCGAUGUCGACUACAUCUUUGCCAACCAGCCUGAUUCGGCGUAUGUCAUUCACUCCGCAAAGUUACCUACCUGUGAGAUGACCAUUGGCGACACUACCUUGACGGCCAUGAUUGAUUCAGGAGCAUCUGUGAAUGUGCUCAAUCUCAAGUCAUUCAAUCUCCUUCAAAGCAAUGGCCUGAAGUUCCAGACCCGAAAAUCUACAUCAAAAGUUUUCGCCUAUGGCACGAAAACACCCCUACCAGUACGUGGCAUAAUUGAAGCUACAGUCAAUGUUGGUCCGAAUACCUGCUGUGCUGAGUUCCAUGUGGUCAACACAGACACCUGCAACCUGUUGUCCUUCACAACUGCAAGGCAACUGAAGCUGAUCUCCUUCAACUCAGACCACGUGACUUGUAAUCUCCAGCCAGUACCAGAACAGACAAAUCAGACACCUGCCAACGACAUGAGGCAUGAGCAGAUAAUGAAGCAGUAUGGCAACCUGUUUGAAGGCAUUGGAAAAAUCAAAGAUGUCAAAAUCUCUCUUCAUGUUGAUCCAGAAGUAAAACCAAAACAACAAAAACAUUGACGCAUUCCAUUCCACACUC